GAGAUACCAUUAUGUAAGAGAUAAAAGGCAUAAGAUUGUGUGGGGUUAGUAUAUUAAAACACAAGCAACCCUAAGAUUUUCUUGUUUUUUCUUGUAAAAGCUCUAAAUUUGAUUUAGAAGCUGAUAUCAAGCAUUUGCUGUGAUGGCUGGUCAAAGGAGUGGUUAUGGUAAGCGCCCCCACCCUCAAUCUGACUAUGAUAAUGGAGCAAAUAAAAGGAGAAAUCACGGUGAUGAAAGAGAGCAGUUUGUGAUUGAUCCAGAAGACACCGUAUAUCGUUAUCUGUGCCCUGGCCGAAAGAUUGGCAGUGUUAUUGGUAGGGGUGGCGAGAUUGUUAAGCAACUGAGGGUAGAAACUAAGUCUAAGAUUAGAAUUGGUGAAACUGUGCCGGGUUGUGAGGAACGUGUUAUUACUAUUUACAGCCCCAGUGAUGAGACUAAUGCUGUUGAGGAUGGUGGCAAUUACGUGUCGCCUGCACAGGAUGCUCUGUUUAAGGUGCAUGACAGAGUGGUUGCUGAAGACUUGCAUGGUGAUCAGGAUGAUGAUGGAGGUCACCAAGUGACUGCUAAGCUGCUAGUACCGUCUGAUCAGAUAGGUUGUGUUAUUGGAAAAGGUGGGCAGAUAGUUCAGAACAUACGUAGUGAAACUGGGGCCCAGAUUCGUAUUCUCAAGGAUGAACAUUUACCUGCAUGUGCCUUGAGCUCUGAUGAACUUGUGCAGAUUUCUGGGGAUGCUGGAGUUGUGAAGAAGGCUCUGUAUCAAAUUGCAUCACGACUUCAUGAUAACCCUUCACGAUCUCAGCAUCUUCUUACUUCUGCUGUUCCUGGUGUGUAUCCUGCCGGGGGUUCACUCAUUGGUCCAACUGCAGGAGCUCCAAUUGUGGGGAUAGCUCCCCUUGUUGGUGCUUAUGGGGGAUAUAAAGGUGAUGCUGGUGACUGGCCCCGAUCCAUGUACUCAGCUCCAAGGGAUGAGGCAUCUUCAAAGGAAUUUUCAGUUCGAUUGGUUUGUCCAACAGGAAACAUUGGAGGUGUGAUAGGAAAAGGUGGUGUUAUAAUAAAUCAAAUUAGGCAGGAUUCUGGGGCAACAAUCAAAGUUGAUAGUUCAGCAGCAGAAGGAGAUGAAUGCUUAAUAAACAUUUCGACAAAAGAGUUUUUCGAAGACACUUUCUCUCCAACAAUAGAAGCAGCUGUCCGUUUGCAACCUCGAUGCAGUGAAAAGGUUGAAAGAGAUUCUGGAAUCAUCUCUUUCACUACCCGUCUGCUGGUAUCAACCUCACGAAUUGGUUGCCUUAUUGGUAAAGGGGGAUCUAUCAUAACUGAGAUGAGGAGGCUUACAAAAGCUAACAUUCGCAUUAUUUCAAAGGAAAAUCUUCCUAAAAUUGCAUCUGAUGAUGAUGAAAUGGUGCAGAUUUCAGGAGACCUCGAUAUUGCCAAGGAUGCUCUUGUGCAUGUACUUACACGGUUGAGAGCAAAUCUUUUUGAUAGGGAGGGUGCUCUCUCUGCAUUCCUUCCAGUUCUGCCAUAUCUUCCUGUUUCAGCAGAUGGAUCAGAUGGUCUAAACUAUGAUAGUAGAGAUGGUAAAAGACAUGGACGAGGACAUUCGUAUUCAAGUGGGUAUGGAGGCUCCAGUGAUUUAGCAGCUGGUGACAUUUAUGGAAGCUAUGGUGGUUCACAGCUUGGAAGCAGCGGUGCUUAUGGGGCUUAUGGAAGUUAUUCUUUGGGACGGUCUAGUACUGCUGGGUUGUCUAGCCAGAGCAGUCUUUCUAGGAGGAGAAACCAUGCUUACUAAACAUCAUGAACCUCUGCAGGUAGAAUACAGUUUUCAUAAACACAUUUAUCUUUUAUCUGGCAACUUCCUAUAAUAUAGAAGAGUGUCAUUAGUAUAUAGAGAUUGAUAUCUUAACCUGACCAGUACCCAUUUAGAAUUCUGAUGAUAUUGUUUUCCCUUUGUUCUCUUUCCCAUACCACCCAAACAGCUGAGAUUAUGAAGCCUGCAGCCUGCCUACUGCCUAAACCAGAAGACCAGAUGAACCAGGGUUUGACAAACUUAUGGCCCACCCUGACGCUUCUACUUAGAGGACCCAACUUAUGUGGAGACUAUUGAAAUUUGCCAUGUCCAUUUUACCUUAUUUCCCAAGCUUGAUAACUUGUGCUCCCAAGAACCUAUAUAGCUCUGGCUUGCCUUUAUUUCUGUUUUUAUUAUUCUGGUUAAUUUGUCUUUAGAACUGUAAAAAAAAUCAUGUAGUUUUGAUAAUCCAGCAGUUGUAUACUAUUUAUUGUUUUUGGGUUUUACUUUCUCAUAGUUCAUGGUCACUUGCUGUAUGAGCUUUUGUGUUUAUUUAAGUUUCAUGUUUAUUCCUCCUAAGUUGACCUUAUAUACUUCAAAAUUUGGUGGAGUUUUGGUGUCAUCUGUAUUGCAGGUGCCACUAUUUGCCUAUAAUAUAUCAUUGUGAGCUGGUAAAGCCGUGUUGCAUUAUUUGACUUUGAAAAUUCAUACUUAUGGAUAUUGUUUUGAGUAUCUUACACGACUACACCUCAGUCAAAGGUAUGAAAGCUGUUCUUAGUUAUGUUGUUAACUGAACUACUGAUGCUCAUAGUCAAAUACUAACUUGUUUGAGGAAAGAAAUGCAUGGUCUGUGGUGAUUCAGAAAUAGAGGGUCUAUUUGAUGAAUUUUAUUUUGAGAAUAUGUUUUGAAAGCUUCAAGGUUCUCCAGAGGCAGUGACUGGUAAUUUGAUGUGAAAAUAAACAUUUAUUAAAACAAGGUAAAGAAAACAAACUUAUCCAAAAUCCUAAAAUUAGAUAAAAAGAUAGCAUCCGAACAGAUCUUUUGUUUUGGUUUCGUUUUUCAAAACAAAAAAUCUGUUUUCAAAAACAGUAAUGAAACUGUUCGUUUCUUUUCUUAUUUGCCUCUAUGACACAUGCUUGGAUAUUUCAAUUAUUAAUGCUGGGCAUUUUUUAUUUAUUUAUUUUUAUCUCAAUUAACAUUCAGCUGCAUUGAAUUGUUUAUUUUGUGUUUUUUUACUUUAAAUUCUGAUUGCUGGGUAGCAAUUAUAUUGGAGUACCAACUCACAAAAUGGUUGGCUUACAAAAGAAGAGAUUAGCUCUCAGGCCAUUGGGUCCCCUGCACCGGUCAUUGAUUUGAGUCUUUCAAUAUGCUGUCAGUGAUCCAAUGGCCCGUGCUAAUGUGUGCCUAGUGUUUCUCCUAUAAUACUGUUCUCAAGUACUUGUCUGAAAACAAUGGCCCAGGGAUGCAGUGCCCCGAAUUUCUUUUGGAGGUUUGGUGUCUUCCACUUUCCAGGUAGUUGGAUCGAUAAAUCUAAUGUUAACAUUCUACUUUCAGUACUUUGGUGAUGCCUGGAGAUAUUUUGGAUGAAUUGGAAUUCGGUGGUUAAUGUGGUAGGAUUGUCUAUAAUAACGUUUAUUGUUUUUACCGUUUUGUAAUUUUAACCAAAAACACUUUGUUUUCUUCUGUGCAACUCGCUUGGUAGGCCUUAUUAGGUAAGUUACUUUUUCGGAUACUGUUGAUGAUUCCCUUCUGAUUGGUGCAAAAACAUCACGACUAUAUUUGCUUUAUGAUUUGGUUCACAGUAUUAUUAUUUAUUUGACUGGUAUAUUACUUC